AAUCGUCAUCACCAUCGUCAUCAUCAGGCGCUGGAGGGGACGUCAACCUGCUGGCGAGGGGGCGGUGACCUUCAGGAGACGGCCCGCAUUGUUUGGACGGAAAAUGGCUGUGGACGACGAUUUUGACAUCCCAGAUACAGGAGCUGUCUUCACAUUUGGCAAGAGCAGGUUUGCCGACAAUGCUCCGUCAAAGUUUUGGAUCAAGAACGACAUCAUAGUGGAGAUAGCAUGCGGGGAUGAGCACACAGCUGUCUUGACAGAGUCAGGCAGAGUGUUCACAAUUGGUAGAAAUGAGCUUGGACAGCUUGGUCUUGGAACCACAAAACCCGUCACAAAGCCUUCCUGUGUGAAAUCUCUCAAGCCAGAGAAAGUAAUGCAUGUUGGCUGUGGACGCUCCCAUUCCAUUGCUGCCUGCCUGUCUGGUGCAGUGUACCUGUGGGGUCACAAUGGUGAUGGCCAGCUGGGCACCGGAGACCACAAAGAUCACCUGCUGCCAGUCCAGGUGCUCAAGUUGGAGGCGCCAGCAGCGGGUGUGGCAGCCGGCAGCGCUCACUCUGUUGUGCUCACUGAGGAAGGGGAGUUGUAUGCCUGGGGCAGCAACAGUGAGGGCCAGCUGGGUCUGGAGGUUGAUGAGCAGCUGACACCCAGACUGGUCAAGAUGCCUGAGCCGGUGGUCAGCGUGGCGUGUGGCUACUACCACAACGUUGCUGUCUCAGGCUCUGGACUGGUGUACACAUGGGGGGAAAGUAACCACGGGAAGCUGGGGCUCAGUGACGGCCACCUGACCCUCCACCGGCGGCCCCAGGAGGUGAUGCUGCCGGAGCAGGUGGUGCAGGUGGCUGCAGGGAACACCCACACACUCUUCUUGACAGAGAGUGGUGCCAUCUACUCAUGUGGGCUGGGAAGCAAUGGAGAGCUUGGCCAGGGUGAAGAGGAGCUUGAGUGUUGGCUGCCCAAGCCUGUGGUGGAGACGAACACCUACCCAAUUGUGUCGAUAGCAGCCGGAGCCAACCACUCUGCCGCAAUCACAGCUGACGGGCUCCUGCUGAGCUGGGGGUGUGGCCGGCAUGGGAAGCUCUGCCAAGGGGAAGAAAACUUUGCCUCGGAGUUCAUGCCUGUGACUGUUCGGCGGCUCCGGCACAUCAGAGUGGUCCUUGUGGGCUGUGGAGGCUGCCACACCAUGGUGCUUGGUUGCAGGCGACCCAAGGACACAGAGGACAGGGAGGAGCCGAGGGAGGAGAGCCAACCCUUGAAGCCUUCCUCCAUUGUGUCGGCACGGGACAGGAGACGCCUUGCUAAUGGCACACUGCCACCCAUAAAGUCAGCAGGCGUGCCCUUCAAGCAAACCGUCUCUCCCACUGUCCCAGACAUAGAGGUUAUGACCAGCGCUGCAUCAGAGUCUGAGUCACCAGACAUUGCUAAUGCUGAUGACAUUGACAGCAUUGGAGAACCAAACUGCAAUGGUGAACACCCUCCUUCAGAUAUUAUGUCAGGAAGUGAGAGUGAAGGGGCGUCGGUAACACAGGGAUCAGCGGAGAACACUGAAAACUCUCAGUCACCGGAAAAGAAAACUCGUCGUGUGGCGCACUUCUUUAAAAGUCUGGCGAGGAAAAAGUCUUCCCAGAGGUCCUUGGGAUCCGGUGAGCAGGCUGAUAAUGUAGGUGAGAAUGGAGCCACAGACAGCACUGACGGAUCGCUGGAAGGGAACAGCAGUCUGAGAUCAUCAAACUCUGGAGGUGUGAAGAAUGUACGGGAAGCCUUCAACUCCAGAAGGAUUGUUGCUGCCAUGCCCGACUCAGAUGACCUCGGGAAUGAAAAGCAGUCCAAAACAUGCAUCAUCUUGUAACCACCACAAGCAAUGCCACAAGCUGCUUCUCCUUGCAAUGGGACCUGUCGACCGUACACGACACCUCACCUUACCUGCAUCAAAUAACUUAACAUAUAAGGAAAGUAAGUAGUUCACCACGAUAGCUAGAAUGCAAAGUUCCCUAUUAUUUUUGUACUUGUUGAUUCUUGCAUUUAUACCAGCAAAGGUCGAAGAAGUAAUGUCAAUACGUACUUGGGGAUAAGAGUUUGAUUAAUAAAGGUGACACAUAAUACUAUAGUCCCUGCCAGCCAGCUAGCCUCCCAAGGCCCAAUCCCUCCCUCACCCUUCACUCAAAGAACUGGUACUUGCUAAUCUUACCACUGAGUUCUGGUAGCCACUAAUCCUACCACUGACUUUGAAUACAGCCUCAUUUUACAUCAAUCAACCCUCAUCAGUUUGAGACUAUUUCAUGGUUCAGGUAUUUUCUCUCAAUGGCAACAAAAAUUACCAACUAAUCAGGAAGGGAAGUGGGUCUUAGGGGACAAGGUGGGAGGCAGUGAUGUGAGUAGUAACACUGCACCUUACGUCUGACAAGAGCUGUACUAGAAUAGGAGAGUUUGGUGCUGAUACGAUACUGUUUUUUGUGAUGUAGGUACUUCUCCAAGAUCCUGACAGUACCUAGAGCACACACAUGCAAAAAAAGACCUAUUGUGUGAGCAUCAAUAUAACUUGGUGCCUGUGAUCAAGUUGGCCAAACUCUCCUGUUCUGUGUCUCUGCAUCUGAUAUCCUAAUUGCUCCUUGUGAGUCCUGGAAAUGGGUCUCUGGGUUACUCGUCUUCCUUAUAGGGUAAGUUUGCCAGUUCUUACACUCCCUUCCAGUCAGUACCAGCAUCAGGAAAGCUCUUACAAUCCCCUCCAAUCAGUACCGAUAUCAGAAAAGCUCUUACAAUCACUUCCAGUCAGUACCAAUAUCAGGAAAGCUCUUACAAUCACUUCCAGUCAGUACCAAUAUCAGGAAAACAGUUACAAUCCCUUUCAGUCAGUACCGAUAUCAGGAAAGACUUUACAUUUAGAUAUAUUAUAGUGGCUGCUUUAGGUUUACUGCUCAGGGUUUAAGAUGGAAUGUCCUUCCUGACUUCACACAUCAACACUAGGGUUCAAAUCACCUUGUCCCUUUUCUUCCUGGUUCCUGUACUAAUUGGAAAUGCACAAAGGAACUGAUGAAUGUACCCUAUGUAUCUCACUAAGGUGUUUUAUUUAUCUGAAAUCUGUAUCACUAAAACCUAACUAAACCACCACUUGGGUACAGUUGCUUCAUAAUGUUGGGCUGUACAUUCCCAUUCAGGGCCAUUCUCCUUUUGUUCUAAUGUUUUCAUGCCCUGUAUAGGUCAGUAACCGAUACACUGUCCUUUUCAUUUGCUUCUUCACUUCGUCAUCUGUUCUUGAUGUGUUGGAGUAGGCCAGUGUGUAGUAGUUAACCCCUCUGCUGCAAUUGGCAUGGAUUUUGCCUUCAUUGGUAGCCUGGUAACAUAUAUAGUCCCAGGUCUUUUUCUGCCUCUGUGGUGGAUAGUGGAGUGUUUCCCUUGUGGUAUUGGUAUGCUGGAUAUCCCCUCCCAAGGUGCAGGACUUUACAUUUUUCUUAAUUGAAUUGUAGCUUCCACUUUUUGUUCCAUUCCUGUAGCUUGUUGAGGUCUUCUGGUAGGAAAUCCACAGUCAAGGGGUUAAGGAGGUGGGUUGUUGGCAUGUAUCUAAUCCUAUGGUAUUGUAUUUAUCAUUUAAUGAUACAAUGAUGGAAGGAGAUAGAAUUUUAACAGUACAGUACCUUAUUUAAUUUCCUGUCCUCUAGACUUCAGGCAAUUGUUGUUUUUUCAAUAUUGCUAUCCUGCCAUUGUAACUCCUCUAGAUUUUCUUUCUGCUGCCAAGGAUUAAUUAUUUCUGCUGUUGGAAUAUACUGACCAAUAGGGAAUUUAUAUUUAAUGGAUUUUAAUUAUAUAUCUUGCAUGGUUAAAAGGAUCUCUAGGCCUAUUUGUAUUCACUGUAUGCCAUUUCUUUUUCUUCUUCAUCUUUUCCUUUAUGUUCAUAUUUUCCCUUAUGGGGUUGGAUGGGCUAUAAUGCCAUUCAUGUAUGCCAUUUUUCUUAUUCUUCUUCUUCAUCUUUUUGUUUAAUGUUCUUAUAUUCUCUUAUGGGGUUGGAUGGGCUAGGAACACCAUCUCAUGUAUGCCAUUUUUUAUUUUUCUCAUUCAAUGCUCUUGUUUUCCCUUUAUGGAGUUGGACGGGCUAGGAAUGCCAUCUCAUGUGUGCCAUUUCAUAGUGAUAAACAAGGUAUUUCAGUUAGGACAUUUAUAUACACCGCAUUUUCAGUUUGAAUGGAGUUGUACACGUUUUCUGUUUUACGAAGUACAAAUUUCCCAUCAUAUCAAGUCAUACAAAUGUUUCUUUUGAUGAGUGUGUAUUUCCGUAUCUAAUAAUGGACUAUAUCAUGUACCUGCUGUUACAUACACUAGCAUAAAAUACCUGAUUUUAGUGUAUCAUGUAUAUGUAUGUGUGUAUACACUAAUUUAGAGAAAUAAAGUGUUGAAGGAUGA